AUGCAAUGGUGUGGUCCUCGACCAGGCAGUGCCCUGCCAAAUGUGACAGGCGCGGUAGGUCUGGGUCUCCCAAGACGGACAGUGCUUGCAACCGUUGUUCUGAAUCUGCGCGAUCUGGCGCUGUAUCGCAGCUGGAGAUGCCAUGUCAGGCGGCUGGGUGCAGCUCAUGUGGCCGUCAGCGGACAUCGUGCAGCCUUCGCAGGCCUAUGCAAGGAUCAGAAGCCCGGCGAGCUGGCGGGCUUGGCCGCCCCUGCAGGCGAGAGCGGCUCAAGGACUCGUUCUUGGCUGCUGGUGCGGCUUCUCAAGGCCUUGCCAAGCUGGAGAUUUUUCUAUCUGGCUUUGGACACUGUGCUACUACAGCCGCUACAGGGGCGCUGGAGCAUGGGCUCAGAUGUCGUGGUCGUUGGAAGUCGGCGAGAAAGGGACGAGCUGUGCAAUGUCUUCGGCUGGCCUGCGCCAAGCAAGACGCUGGCGGCGGUGUGGUUGAAGCCCGUGCCAAGCCUACUAGCACUGCUGGGGGAGGUCGGCGACUGCAUGGAGAAGUCCUCUCUUCUGGGUUUGGGUAGCCUGGCGGAGGAAUCCGUCACAUUCCAUAUGGUAUUGAAGCUCGGCGCCAAUGCUGGCAUCAACGUCUCCUUCCACGUGGCUGCUGUGGCCAGCUACGAGCAGUUUACAGGAGCGUCACAGGUCAGGGCUAUGCGGGCAGCGGGCCACUGGUACUCUGCACAUGCAGAAUUUGCAGAUGUUGCCGGGACGUGGGACAUCUUCUAUCACAAUGGCUUUCGCACCACCUACGAGGUUUCUGAGAAGGGAGAGGUGCGAGCAACAAAUGCUGACGGCCCGGCGACGAGCAUCCUCCAGGCUGUCGAAGCUGGAAGGUUCAGUCACAAGUUGCUUGGCAUCCACCGCCCCGGAACAUGGGAGCGCUUUCGCCUCGACGGCCCAGGCAGAUUACAUUUGGAACACUGGCAGCAGGAGACUCUCUUGUCCAUCGCGAAGGGCUUCCGGAAAGAGCCGCCCCCCUUGCCAGGUUGCGGCUGCCCGGAAGAUGAAGAUUGGUGUGAAGCAUCAUUGUCCUGCACAUCUCCGAGCACCUGCUGUGCCGAUGGCGAGGGCGAAGAGGCCAGCAGUUCGGGUUCGGCCAAGGGAAGCCUGGCUUCAAAUCUGAAAGAUGCACGCAUCCGGCAUCUUCUCAGAACCUCGCCGAGAUCUCCCGGGCAGGUACGCGCGGUUUCAAUCGGUAUUGGAGGUGGCUUCGGCUCUAAGCUGCAGAUGACCGUGGCAAGAGCCGUCAAGGCGAUGCACUUUGGCAAACGUGCAGAAUUCGUCGGGCAUAUGGGAAGAUACACCAACAACUCGAAAUGCCUGGCAUUUCUUGGUGAGGUGCAGUUUCGUCAGGGUGGCUGGGCGUGCUUGUUCAAGGAGAUGCCAGGCAGCGGAAGCUUUCGCUUUCGGCUUUCGCCCGGGACCGCUGCCCGGCAAUCCAGAAUCAGGAUGCUGUCUGCAGGCUCGAUGCAGGCGGCACUCUGGCAGCCCAGCAGAUUGAUUUUGGAAUUCUUCGAGCGCUUUCAGAUGCAAUUGCAGCAGGGUCAGGAAGGGGUUCCAUCGUCCCUGCUGGCCUUGCAUGUUCGCCGCGGAGACAAGGUGACGAACCCUUUCAACAGAUAUCAUGCGGUCGAGGACUACGUCUCCGAGGUCCUGCGUGCGGCCGAGGAGCUGCAGCUCUGCAGGGCAGAAGUCUGCAGGCUUUUUGUGGCAUCAGACUCUGCAGACAUCGUGGACGAGGUCAAUGGCGUGAUGCAAGCGAAGCAGGGUGCUAUGCAGGUCAUUGGGCUUCGUCACUCUGAGACCCAGCGUCGAAGUGCUGUCGGCGUCGAGGUUGCGAGAUUUCUGCCCGGCGAUGCCACGGCGCUACAAAUGGCCGCUGAGGUGAUGUUCGACGUGGACAUGCUCAGCCGUGCGCAAGUGGUGGUUGGAACGUUGGCCUCGCAGGUGACACGAGUGGGAUGCAGCAUUGGAUUUUCGAGGAGGAUGCUGCGCAAAGCCAUAGCUUUGGAUUUUGAGCUCCUGCACAGCCAACGGGAGCUGCACAAGCAAUGGGGCGUCCGUGUGGACGACGUUCCGUGGUCGCCACCGUACGCGCUGCGGAAAGGCAGAAGGUAA